AUGAAGAGUAAACUUGCAGAAGAUGAUGGUGCCAAAGUGAAAAAUUCGACUGAAUACAGGAGCUUGGCAGGAGCGUUGCAGUACCUUACAUUCACACGCCCAGACAUCUCGUACGCCGUUCAGCAACUAUGUUUGGUCAUGCACGAUCCUCGUGACACUCAUCUUCUCGCCCUUAAACGAGUGAUAUGUUAUAUCCAAGGGACAAAAUCACAAGGCCUCCAGCUACUGAAACAUCAGAAGAUGAACCUCACGGCCUACUCCGGUGCGGACUGGGCUGGAUGCCCCUCGACUCGCCGAUCAACAUCAGGCUAUGCAGUCUUCAUGGGAGAUAACUUGAUCUCUUGUGCCGUCUACCUGUCAACAAACCCGGUUCAACAUCAGAGGACUAAACACAUCGAGAUUGACAUCCACUUCGUGCGAGAGAAGGUCAAACUAGGAGCUGUGCGCGUUCUACACAUACCAGCGUCAAUGCAAUACGCGGACAUCUUCACUAAGAACCUUCUUUCAACACUGUCCGAAAGCUUCAAGUCCAGUUUAGGCGUUAUCCACGCUCCAACUGCGGGAGGGUGA